CGGUAGUAACCGGUCCAAGCCGAAAAAGAAGGCGGUACCGCGUGUCUUUGGUAUAUAAAUUCUCGCAUCGUCAUUUUACGCGAACUCGUAAACCUGGUUAUUGCCUGAGUUAAACCAAACCAGACGUUGUAACGGCACACUCCGGAUAUAAAAAAAGAAGGGACCAUGAGCGAAGAGACGAGCGAGGUGGCGGAGUGGUUCCGCGGCAAAAGCGUCUUCCUCAGCGGCGGCAGCGGCUUCAUGGGAAAGGUGAUGCUCGAGAAGCUGCUCUACACGUGCAGAGGCGUCGAGAAGAUCUACGUGCUGUUGAGGAACAAACGGGGUCGUACGCCCCAGCAGAGGAUCGACGACAUGUGGAAACUGCCGAUGUUCGAGAGGCUGCGCCGCGCAGAUCCCGACGCCAUUAGGAAGGUGGUGCCGGUCAACGGCGACCUCUACAGCGAGCGUCUCGGCCUGAAGAACUCUGACGCUCGCACGCUAGCCGAAAACGUCCACGUCGUCUUCCACAUGGCGGCCACGCUCAAGCUCGAGGCGAAACUAAAGGACGCAGUCGAACAAAACACCUGCGGCACCGCCGCCAUGCUCGACCUCGCGAAAACGAUGAUACGCCUGCGCGUCUUUUGUCACUUUAGCACGGCCUACUGCUCCGCCGACAUCGACGUGUUCGAGGAGAAGGUGUACCCAUCCAAGGACAACCCGAGGGACGUGAUCGACGUUGUCAAGUGGAUGAAUCCCAAGGCGCUGGACCUCGCGACCCCCGCCAUCAUCGCGCCUCACCCCAACACGUACACGUACAGCAAGAGGCUCGCCGAGACCCUGGUGGCCAGCGAGAAGGACGUCGUGCCCGUCUGCAUCGUUAGGCCUUCAGUGGUUUGUCCCGCGGCGUUGGAACCGCUGCCAGGCUGGGUCGACAGUCUCAACGGUCCGAUGGGUCUCCUGGUGGCCGCAGGCAAGGGCGUCCUCCGCUCCAUGCACUGCAUCGGCACGAAUCGAGCCCAAGUCAUCCCCGUCGACUACGCCAUCAACGCGAGCAUCGUCGCCGCAUAUAAGCGAGCUUGCCAGGAAAGCUCGGAGGAGGUGCCCGUGUACAACCUGACCCAAGACGAGGUGAUCAAGAUCACGAUGGGCGAGAUCCUGGAGAAGGGGAGGGCCGUGGUGCAUCGGAACCCGUUCGAGAUGCAAGUGUGGUACCCGGACGGCGACAUCCGGUCUUCGAAGCUGACGCACCUGCUGUGCUGCGUGCUGAUGCACUGGCUGCCUGCGCUGCUGAUCGAUGGACUGAUGUUCGUCUUCAGACAGAAACGAUUCAUGAUCCACGUGCAGAGGCGAAUCCACGACGGUCUCGAGCUGCUGCAGUUCUUCACGACGCGCCAGUGGUACUUCGAGAGCAAGCGUUUCCUUAAGCUGUGGGACGAGAUGAGCGAGGCGGACCGGAAGGCGUUCCCGAUGGAUUUUAACGCAUUGCCGAUCGACGAAUACCUCGAGAACUCGGUACUAGGCGCUAGGCAGUACACGAUGAAAGAGCCGCCGUCGUCGCUACCCAGGUGCCGCGUCCAGCAGAAAGUGCUGUACGUCAUCCACAAGCUGUUCGUUUUCGCAAUGUAUUACUACCUCUUUUAUUUGCUGAGUCGGUUCGUGCCGCCGCUGAGGAUGGCCUACGAUUUCGUGUGGCGAACCAACAGUUAACUUCCACGACUCGUUUGGAUUGGGGAUUCGGGUGUCACUUUUGUUAUUUUAUACGUUUCCUAAUUAAUAAAGCAGUUUUUUUAA